AUGGCCGAUAGAAACGCUAGAAUUGAUGCUCAGCUGAGGAAUUUAGUCCGAGUGACUACGAAUUUAGCUAGAAGAGGUCCUUCGAAGAAGAAGUCUGUUGAUUGGUUUAAGAGGGUUAGUGAUAGUAAACCGCCUUCUUAUGAUGGGAAGGGUGAUCCUGUUAAGCUUGAGAACUGGGUUAGGGAUUUCGAGAAGCUAUUCGAUGCUAUCCAAUGUCCAGAUAAUAGGAAAGUAGCUAUAGCUGCAUAUUACCUCAAGGAGGAAGCUGACUUUUGGUGGUCGCAGCAUAAGGAGACGUUAAUGGCAAGGCCUGACUUUGAUUGGAAGGCUUUCGGAGUAGCUAUGAAGGAGAAAUUUUAUCCCAAUUUCUUGAGGAGGCAAAAGGCCACUGAGUUUGAUGAGUUGAAGCAAGGUGACAUGACUGUGGAGCAGUACUAUGAGAAUUUGUAG